AUGCCAGCUUCACCUGAGCCUGUGACGGCCACUCCAGAGCCCGAGGAGGUGCCAGCCAAGUUUACUUUGGAGGCUGCUGAUAUCGCAGUGGUUGUGGUUUACUUUGUGUUUGUAUUGGCAGUUGGAAUAUGGUCUUCCAUCAGAGCCAACCGUGGAACAGUGGGUGGAUAUUUCUUGGCAGGACGAUCCAUGACCUGGUGGCCAAUUGGAGCCUCUCUGAUGUCCAGUAACGUCGGCAGUGGCUUGUUCAUCGGAUUAGCUGGGACAGGAGCCGCUGGGGGACUCGCCGUCGGGGGAUUUGAGUGGAAUGCAGCGUGGGUCCUCAUCGCCCUGGGCUGGAUUUUUGUGCCCGUAUAUAUUUCUGCUGGAGUGGUCACCAUGCCGGAGUAUCUGAGGAAGAGGUUUGGGGGUCAGCGAAUCCGGAUCUACAUGAGUGUGCUGUCUCUCAUCCUCUACAUUUUAACCAAGAUAUCAACAGACAUUUUUUCAGGGGCUUUAUUCAUUCAGGUGUCACUGGGGUGGGAUCUUUAUCUCUCCACUGUUAUUCUGCUGGCCGUCACUGCACUCUAUACUAUAGCUGGUGGACUGACAGCAGUGAUCUACACUGACGCCUUGCAGACCGUCAUCAUGGUAAUAGGAGCAUUUGUCCUCAUGUUCAUAGCAUUUGACAAGGUUGGAUGGUACGAGGGUUUGCUGGUUCAGUAUGAGAAAGCUGCACCUGCUCUCACAGUUCCCAACACCACUUGUCAUCUUCCUCGCUCUGAUGCCUUUCAUAUCUUCAGAGACCCAGUGACGGGAGAUAUUCCCUGGCCCGGCCUGAUCUUCGGCCUUACCGUUCUGGCCACAUGGGUCUGGUGCACAGACCAGGUGAUAGUGCAAAGGUCUCUGUCGGCAAAAAACCUGUCUCAUGCCAAAGCUGGUUCAGUGCUCGGUGGCUACCUCAAGGUCUUCCCUAUGUUCUUCGUAGUCAUGCCAGGAAUGAUCAGCAGAGCUCUCUAUCCUGAUGAAGUAGCAUGUGUUGAUCCCGAUGAGUGUCAGAAGAUCUGUGGGGCCAAGGUCGGCUGCUCGAACAUUGCCUACCCAAAAUUAGUGGUGGAGCUCAUGCCAGUGGGUAUGAGAGGGCUGAUGAUCGCUGUAAUGAUGGCAGCACUCAUGUCCUCUCUCACCUCUAUAUUCAACAGCAGCAGCACCUUAUUCACUAUGGACAUCUGGCAGCGGAUCCGGCCCCGGGCCUCUGAGAAAGAGCUCAUGGUAGUGGGCAGAGUGUUUAUUUUAUUGCUAGUGGCCUUGAGCAUUGUGUGGAUUCCAGUCAUUCAAACGGCUAAUAGUGGACAGCUGUUUGACUACAUUCAGGCUAUAACUAGCUUCCUGUCACCUCCCAUCACCACAGUGUUCAUUAUGGCCAUAUUUUGGGGGAGAGUAAAUGAACAGGGAGCUUUUUGGGGUCUGAUGGUGGGACUAGUGGUGGGCAUGGUGAGGAUGAUAAUGGAAUUUGUCUAUGGCACACCAUCAUGUGGAGAGACAGACCUGCGUCCCAGCCUGCUGAAGGAUGUGCACUACCUGUAUUUUGCGCUUAUUCUGCUCGCCCUGACAGUUCUGAUCAUCACAGCCGUCAGCCUCUGCACUGCACCUAUUCCAGAAAAACACCUUGUUCGUUUGACCUGGUGGACAAGACACAGUAAGGAGGAGCGUGUAGAGCUGGAAGACCCCUGGGCCAAACCAGCAGGCUCUGAUCUCAGCACAACGGAGUCAGAGGGGUCGGAUGAGGACGCGCCUGCAUGGUGGAAACGUGCUGGAAUGUGGCUGUGUGGACUCUCCCAAACGACUAAACAAGACCUGACUGAGGAGGAACGGCAGGCACUGGAAAAGAAACUCACUAGUAUUGAAGAAGACCACAUGUGGAAGACUGUGUGCAACGUCAAUGCCCUCAUUUUGCUCACUGCCAAUGUGUUUCUUUGGGGGUACUUUGCUUGAAUGUACUGUAAAGUUCUAUAAUGGCUAAUUGUUUUGUUAGAAACUAAUAGUUUAAGUGUUGACGUUGGCACUUUGAACACUCAUUUUUAUUUAAAAUGUUUUGAAUAACAUUUUAUUUGAAGUUUGUUGCAAACAAUAUUAAAUAAUUACUGCUGUGCCAUAAUGACAAAGCCAUGAAUGAAUGCAUAAAUAAAUAAAUAAUAAAUAUAUAAAA